UCCUGUAUUUCACAAGGACAGUUUAAUCUGAAUAGUAUGCACAAAGCAGGAGAUGUAAUUCUUGGGGGAUUGUUUUCUACUAAUUUCUACUCAGUCUUCCGUGAUCAAUCUUUUACAUCUGAGCCUCUGGAUCCUACCUGCUAUGGUUUUGACAUUCUAGGAUUUAAACAGGCCCAGACUAUGGCUUAUGCAAUUGAUGAGAUCAACAGAAACUCUAAGUUGUUACCCAAUAUGACUUUGGGAUACGCUCUGUAUGAUACCUGUGGGCAACUUGGAAUUGGAUUUCGUUCGGCAAUGGCAUUAAUAAGUGGUCAAACAAAGCAAAUAAUAUUGUAUGAGAAGUGUAGGGGAAGCCCUACAGUGUUGGGGAUUGUGGGGGAUUCUUCAUCUACACGCUCUAUUGCCAUCUCCAGUGUCUUAGGUUUGUACAGACUACCUAUGGUAAGUUACUUUGCCACGUGUUCCUGUCUAAGUGACCGUCAGAGGUUUCCAUCCUUCUUUAGAACAAUUCCAAGUGAUGCUUUCCAGGUGAAUGCCAUGCUUCAGAUUUUAAAACACUUUGAUUGGACAUGGGUGGGCUUGCUAAUAAGUGAUGAUGAUUAUGGGCUCCAUGCUGCCAGAUCAUUUCAAUCUGCUCUUGGUCUGUCUGGAAAAAGCUGCUUGGCCUACUUAGAGGCGUUGCCAUGGGGCAAUGAGCCCCCAGAGCUGAGAAGGAUAGUGGAUGUGAUUAAGAAAUCAACAGCUCACGUGGUCAUUGUUUUUGCGCAUGAAAGUGUCAUGAUUCAUCUCAUUGAAGAGGUUGUUAGACAAAACCUGACUGGACUUCAGUGGUUGGCAAGUGAAGCCUGGUCUACAGCUGCAGUGCUUCAGACCCCUCGCCUUAUGCCUUAUCUUGGUGGCACAUUGGGCAUCGCUAUUCGUCAAGGAGAGAUACCAGGCCUCAAGGACUUCCUGUUACAAAUAAAGCCUAAUACACAACAAAACAACACCAAUGGAAAUAGCAUUGUAAACCAGUUUUGGGAAUUCACAUUUCAGUGUAGAUUUGAACCACUUCCAACAGGCUGGCUUGAGAACGGGGGGAAAAUUUGCACUGGAGAGGAAGAUUUAAGAGCUGUAGAAACUGAGUUCUUCGACGUUUCUAACCUCCGGCCAGAAUACAAUGUUUACAAAGCUGUGUAUUCAUUGGCAUAUGCCCUUCAUGAUUUGCUGCAGUGUGAGCCAGGAAGUGGGCCUUUUAAAGAUGGUAGCUGUGCCACUUUGGAAACACUUCAACCAUGGCAGCUUUUACAUUAUCUGAAUAAGGUUAAUUUCAACACUUCAUUUGGUGAUCAAGUGUCAUUUGAUGAGAAUGGUGAUGCUCUCCCUAUCUAUGAUGUCAUGAACUGGCAUUGGGUCCCUGAUGGAGGAUGUAAAGUUCAAAAUGUGGGCGAGGUUAAAAUAUCAGAAUUCAAUGGUGAACAACUUUCCCUGAAUGAAGACAAGAUCUUCUGGAAUUUUGAAUCCAAACAGCCACCCCGGUCAGUUUGCAGUGACAACUGUCCUCCAGGUACACGUGUGGUGAGAAAGAAGGGGGAACCUCAGUGCUGUUUUGACUGCAUCCCCUGCUCUGAAGGAAAAGUCAAUAAUCAGACGACAUUUAUCUGUGCUGUUGUUCUAGGGAUCUUCUUCUACCAUCGUGGAACACCUAUAGUACGGGCCAACAAUUCAGAACUCAGUUUUCAAUUAUUGUUGUCACUAAAACUGUGCUUCCUGUGUUCCCUGCUGUUUAUUGGACAACCUAGAUUGUGGACAUGUCAGCUGAGACAUGCAGCAUUUGGGAUUAGCUUUGUACUCUGUGUCUCAUGCAUCCUGGUUAAAACCAUGGUGGUUCUGGCUGUUUUUAAAGCCUCCAAGCCAGGAGGUGGAGCCAGUCUCAAGUGGUUUGGUGUUUCCCAGCAGAGAGGAACAGUUUUUGUUCUGACCUCUGUUCAGGCAGCAAUCUGCACUGCUUGGCUUGUCACCCACUCACCAUCUCCACAUAAAAAUACUCAGUACCACAACGACAAGAUUGUUUAUGAAUGUGUUGUUGGCUCAACUAUUGGUUUUUCAGUGUUACUUGGUUAUAUUGGGUUACUGGCCACCCUCAGUUUUCUGAUAGCAUUUCUGGCAAGGAAUCUUCCUGACAACUUCAAUGAAGCCAAAUUCAUCACUUUCAGCAUGUUAAUUUUUUGUGCAGUGUGGGUGACCUUCAUACCUGCUUAUAUCAGCUCACCAGGUAAGCAUGCAGAUGCAGUAGAGGUGUUUGCAAUCCUUGCCUCUAGUUUUGGCCUUUUGACGGCCCUUUUUGGACCCAAAUGUUACAUAAUUUUGCUGAGACCAGAAAGAAAUACAAAGAAAGCUAUUAUGGGGCGAAGUAACACUGGUACAACUGAAAGCUAAAAAGUGCUGGACAAGUGAACUGCAUAGAAACUCUACACAAAUUUUAUUCCUUUAGAAUUUUAAAACUAUUGACAUAUGUUUGUUAAACUAUCUAAAAUAGAAAAACCUGAACUUCAUCUU